AUGCUUCCCCCGCUUCCUAAACUCUCCGACUAUGGAGUCUCACCCACCAGUGGGUUCCUCCCUGAGGUCCUACCCUUGUCGAGACUCCCGGACCCAUACUACAACAAGUGGGAAGCCGUGGCCGCCAACCUGCAAGCACUCAUUCUUAGCAAGCGCCUGAGGCCCGUCGUCGACCGCCUGCCGGUCCUCUCCACCAUCGGUCUGGAACAUGACGCGGAGUGGCGGAGGGCCUACUCGAUCCUAUGCUUCAUGGCCCACGGCUACAUCUGGGGCGGUGACAGCCCCUCGGACCGCCUGCCGGCCUCUAUCUCGGUGCCUCUGCUUCAGGUAGCGGAGCGUCUAGACGUCGCCCCCGUCGCCACAUACGCCGCCGUCUGUCUGUGGAACUUUAAGCCGCUGUUUGUCGACGAGGGAAUUGAUGACCUCGAGAACCUCGCCACCCUUAGCACCUUUACUGGCUCCAUCGACGAGUCGUGGUUUUAUCUGGUGUCGGUCGCCAUCGAGGCCCGAGGCGCUGCCACCAUCCCCCUGAUGCUUAAGGCCAUCCAGGCCGCCAGGGACGGCGACGCCGACACCGUCACGUCCUGUCUGGUUGCUUUUGCCGAGCGCAUCGACGACCUGGGCAACCUGCUGCAGCGCAUGCACGAGAACUGCGAUCCACACAUUUUCUACCACCGCGUCCGGCCCUUCCUGGCCGGCAGCAAGAACAUGGCAGACGCCGGUCUGCCAAACGGCGUCAUCUACGAGGACGGCUCCGGCACAGAGUCGUAUCGUCAGUACAGCGGCGGCAGCAACGCCCAGAGCAGCAUCAUUCAGUUCUUUGAUAUAGUCUUGGGCAUCGAACACCGACCAACCGGCGAGAAGAAGACCUCUGGUGAUCAGCAGCAGCAGCAAGAGCAGCGCGGGCGGCCCGAAGGCGCUCCUCAGCACAACUUCAUCAUGGAGAUGCGGCGGUACAUGCCGGGCGGACACGCGCGGUUCCUGGGCGCCGUGUCGUCGGUGGCCAACAUCCGGCCGUUUGUCGAGGCGCGGGCGGCGACCAACAAGCCGCUCGCGCUGGCCUACGACGCGUGCCUGGCCAUGCUGCGCGCCCUGCGCGACCGCCACAUCGCCAUCGUGGCCCGGUACAUAGUCGUGCCGUCGCGCGAGGCGAUGCGGGGCCGGAGCCGCAGCCCCGAGGCCGCCAGGAACAACACCUCCAAGGUCAACCUUGCGACACCCGUGUCGCGCGGGCCGAAGGGCAUCGCGCUCGACACCUCGGGGGGCGACGCGGGGAAGAAGGACCAGCUCAAGGGUACCGGUGGCACGGCGCUCAUUGCGUUCCUCAAGCAGGCGCGCGACGAGACGGGUGAGCCGGCCGUCGAGACCUGGACGAGAAAGUUUAUGAAGCGCGGCAGUGGCAAGGUCCCCGGAAGCGGGGACUUUUUCCUCGGAAAGGACGACGGUGCCGACGAGGAGGUCGUGCAGGUCAAUGGCCUUGCCGGUAUGUGGACCAUGGAGGGUGAAGGGGGCGGGAUUUGUAAUUACUGA